UUCGAGCUAUCGAUUUCUAUCCUAUCUGUGGUAUUGUCGAUGAAAGAAAAAAAAUAAUGACGAGUGAAGAGUGAACAUAUGAAAAUAUCACACAAGGUUUACUGCUAAUAAAACGAAAUUGCGUUACAAUUAGUUACGAAAUAACUGCAUACUAUUGUGUUUUUGCGAAGAAGUGCUAAGUUGUGGUGUGCAUUUAAAUGACAAUUUCUACAAUCAUAUUAUGAUGUCGGAAGUGGAUCCGGAGACGUUACUGGAGUGGCUGCUGACGGGGCAGGGCGAUGAGCGCGACAUGCAGCUCAUUGCCCUCGAGCAGCUCUGCAUGCUGCUCCUCAUGUCCGACAACGUGGACAGGUGCUUCGAGAGCUGCCCUCCAAGAACCUUUUUGCCGGCAUUGUGCAAAAUAUUUUUGGACGAGAGUGCGCCCGACAAUGUUCUGGAAGUGACAGCCAGAGCUAUUACCUACUAUCUGGAUGUGUCCGCCGAGUGUACCCGUCGGAUCGUGGCCAUCGAAGGCGCCGUGAAGGCCAUCUGUAGCCGCCUCUUAACCGUGGACCCUAACAACCGCACCAGCAAAGAUCUCGCCGAACAAUGUAUCAAGGUUCUGGAGUUAGUAUGCACCCGCGAGGCGGGCGCGGUGUGGGAGGGCGGCGGUCUGCCGGCCGUGCUGCACUUCAUCACGCACUACGGCACCGCCGUGCACAAGGACACGCUGCACUCCGCCAUGGCCGUGGUCUCCAGGGUGUGCGGCAAGAUGGAGCCAGGCUCGGAGCGCGUGGGCGACGCGGUGAUGUCCCUCUCAGCGUUGCUGCGUCACGCGGACGCGCGCGUGGCCGACGCGGCGCUGCGCUGCUUCGCUUCGCUCGCGGACCGCUUCGCUCGCGCCCACGCCGACCCCGCGCCUCUAGCGGAGCACGGGCUAACUGAAGAGCUCGUGCGCCGACUCGGCAGCACCGAGAGCAGCGACGACAAGUGCCUGGCGCCCUCCGUGUCCACCACCGUCAGCCUGCUGUCCACGUUGUGCCGCGGCUCCGCGCAGAUAACACACGACCUAGUCCGCCUUGAGCUAUGCUCGGCCAUCGAGGCGGCCGUGCAGGCCGACGAGCGCUGGUGCCUCGAGUGUAUGCGGCUGGUGGACCUGCUGCUGGUGCUGGUCUGCGAGGGACGACAUGCUAUACAGACUGGGUCAAACAGAAAUGGCGACGCGGCCAGCGGGUCAAAGAGCGGUGCGGGAGGGGAAGGCUCGAGCGCGACGGCGGGCGCAAGAGGCGACAAAUCGCAUCGCCAGUUGAUCGACUGUAUUCGUGGCAAGGACACGGACGCGCUGCUCGCAGCCGUGUCGACAGGCGCCGUCGACGUCAACUUCACCGACGACGUCGGGCAGACGCUGCUCAACUGGGCCGCGGCCUUCGGCACCAAGGAGAUGGUCGAGUUCCUGUGCGAGAAGGGAGCCGACGUGAACCGUGGUCAGCGCAGUUCGUCCCUGCACUACGCCGCCUGCUUCGGGCGGCCGGCCAUCGCUAAAGUACUGUUGCGCUACGGAGCUAAUGCUGAUCUGCGCGACGAGGACGGCAAGACACCGCUAGACAAGGCCAGAGAGCGUCACGAUCAAGGUCACAGAGAAGUGGCCGCUAUUCUGCAGUGCCCCGGAGAGUGGUUGGUUGUUGGCAACCAGGAUUCACCGACGUUUUCCAACGAUGAAGACUUUCCUGAGACAGGAGACAAAGAAAUGGCUGCUAUUUAUUUAGAGCGCCUGAUCCCGGUGUUCUGCGCGCGCUACCUGGGCGCGGGCGGCGCCGGCGUGCGGCGCGCGUGCCUGUCCCUCGUGCGCAAGAUGGUGCACUACACGCCCGCGCGCCUGCUGCGCGCGCUGCCCGCGCCCACCGCCGCCGCGCUCACCAUGCUCAUCGCCGCCGUGCUCGACAACGUGGGCGAGGUGGGCCCCCGCCGCCCGCAGCCGCGGCCGCUGCGCAGCCGCUAUAUCCGCGCGCCGGCGGAUGACGAUGACGGUCACAUCAUCGUGCUUGGCAUCGCCGAAGAGGUGAUGGUGAAGGCCACAGACAUCUACCUUGAGCAGUUCGCGAGACUGGGCGUCUUCAGCAAGGUGGAGGCUUUGGCGGCCGAGCCGGCGGCGAGUGAUGCUAACUCGACUAGUGUAGCAGAGGAUACUGAAAUAAGUAACACAGAUACCGAAGGUGGAUCGGAAGACGCGACAAGUCUAUGCAGCAACGUAGCCUACUCGUGGGGCGAGUGGUCCCUGUGCCGCGGGCGCGACGCGCUGUACGUGUGGAGCGACGCGGCCGCGCUCGAGCUCAGCACCGGCUCCAACGGCUGGUUCCGCUUCCUGCUGGACGGCAAGCUGGCCACCAUGUACUCCAGCGGCAGCCCCGAGCACCAGACCGACAACACGGAAAACCGCGGCGAGUUCAUAGACAAACUCCAGAGAGCCAGAGCGUCAGUGAAAAACUCUGUACCACAGCCGAUAUUGUCCAAGCCGUCGCACACCAAACUGAUACUAGGGAACUGGUCUCUGUCGUGCAAGAAGGAAAAGGAGCUUCAAAUACACAACACAGAUGGCCAACAGCAAACCACAUUGCUACGAGAAGAUCUGCCAGGGUUCAUAUUUGAAUCCAACCGAGGGACCAAACAUUCCUUCACUGCCGAAACGUUUUUAGGGCCAGAACUGGCAAGCGGGUGGGUAGACCGCAGGCCCACAGUUCCGAAUAACGCGAACAACGCUAACCAGCGGCGCUCGCGCAUCUCUGCCAAGACCGAGGCGCUCAAAACUCAGGUGGGGUCCCUGGCGCGCGCGCUGUACGCGCGGCACCUGGCGGGCGCGGCCACCCGCCAGCCGCGCGCGCCCGUGGCCCGCCUGCGCGCCGUGCUGGCCCAGCUGCAGCGCGCAGCCGCGCAACCCACCAAAGACUGGCAGCAAGAGAUGAAAGAGGCUUUAGAACAGUUGACUGAGCUGCUGUGCGGAGAGGAACUGUUAUCCGCCUACGAGCUGCAGUCGUCCGGACUCGCACCCGCUCUGCUGCAAGUGCUGUCGCAACAACCUAACGAGCCGGUGUCCCAGUACCAGGCGCGCGAGCAGCUCGUCCGGGCCUGGGCCACGGACAGCCGCGCGGGCUGCGCGCUGGCGGCGCGCCUGGUGGGCGUGCUGGAGUCCGUGGAGCGCCUGCCCGUGCACGCGCCCGCGGGCGACGCGCCGCCGCCGCCCUCCACCGCGCUGCACCACCUCACCAAGCGGAUCAGGUAUACCCUUCCCUUCCGACACGGACAGCCGCGCGGGCUGCGCGCUGGCGGCGCGCCUGGUGGGCGUGCUGGAGUCCGUGGAGCGCCUGCCCGUGCACGCGCCCGCGGGCGACGCGCCGCCGCCGCCCUCCACCGCGCUGCACCACCUCACCAAGCGGAUCAGGUAUACCCUUCCCUUCCGACACGGACAGCCGCGCGGGCUGCGCGCUGGCGGCGCGCCUGGUGGGCGUGCUGGAGUCCGUGGAGCGCCUGCCCGUGCACGCGCCCGCGGGCGACGCGCCGCCGCCGCCCUCCACCGCGCUGCACCACCUCACCAAGCGGAUCAGGUAUACCCUUCCCUUCCGACACGGACAGCCGCGCGGGCUGCGCGCUGGCGGCGCGCCUGGUGGGCGUGCUGGAGUCCGUGGAGCGCCUGCCCGUGCACGCGCCCGCGGGCGACGCGCCGCCGCCGCCCUCCACCGCGCUGCACCACCUCACCAAGCGGAUCAGGUAUACCCUUCCCUUCCGACACGGACAGCCGCGCGGGCUGCGCGCUGGCGGCGCGCCUGGUGGGCGUGCUGGAGUCCGUGGAGCGCCUGCCCGUGCACGCGCCCGCGGGCGACGCGCCGCCGCCGCCCUCCACCGCGCUGCACCACCUCACCAAGCGGAUCAGGUAUACCCUUCCCUUCCGACACGGACAGCCGCGCGGGCUGCGCGCUGGCGGCGCGCCUGGUGGGCGUGCUGGAGUCCGUGGAGCGCCUGCCCGUGCACGCGCCCGCGGGCGACGCGCCGCCGCCGCCCUCCACCGCGCUGCACCACCUCACCAAGCGGAUCAGGUAUACCCUUCCCUUCCGACACGGACAGCCGCGCGGGCUGCGCGCUGGCGGCGCGCCUGGUGGGCGUGCUGGAGUCCGUGGAGCGCCUGCCCGUGCACGCGCCCGCGGGCGACGCGCCGCCGCCGCCCUCCACCGCGCUGCACCACCUCACCAAGCGGAUCAGGUAUACCCUUCCCUUCCGACACGGACAGCCGCGCGGGCUGCGCGCUGGCGGCGCGCCUGGUGGGCGUGCUGGAGUCCGUGGAGCGCCUGCCCGUGCACGCGCCCGCGGGCGACGCGCCGCCGCCGCCCUCCACCGCGCUGCACCACCUCACCAAGCGGAUCAGGUAUACCCUUCCCUUCCGACACGGACAGCCGCGCGGGCUGCGCGCUGGCGGCGCGCCUGGUGGGCGUGCUGGAGUCCGUGGAGCGCCUGCCCGUGCACGCGCCCGCGGGCGACGCGCCGCCGCCGCCCUCCACCGCGCUGCACCACCUCACCAAGCGGAUCAGGUAUACCCUUCCCUUCCGACACGGACAGCCGCGCGGGCUGCGCGCUGGCGGCGCGCCUGGUGGGCGUGCUGGAGUCCGUGGAGCGCCUGCCCGUGCACGCGCCCGCGGGCGACGCGCCGCCGCCGCCCUCCACCGCGCUGCACCACCUCACCAAGCGGAUCAGAUUACGCGUAGUCCGCGCAAGCGAGGACAGCACCGAAGACACGGCGAACAGCAACAACGCCGGCCGCAACCUCAAGGUCGAAGCCCUCACCACCGUCCGCCAGCUCGAGCGCUUCCUCGCCAAGUCCGUGGCGCGUCAGUGGUACGACAUGGAGCGCUCCACUUUCAACUUCGUGCAGCGCAUCAAGGCGGAGGCGCCUAUCGACUUCGUGUACGACCACGAUUUCGACGAGAACGGCGUCCUAUACUUCAUCGGCAGCAACGGGGGCACCGCCGAAUGGGUCAACCCGGGGGCACAUGCCCUCGUCUCAGUAUGGUCUUCCGACGGCCGCCAAUUACCCUACGGUCGCGCCGAAGAUGCUCUGUCCCGCUCACCUGAACCGCUGAAUGUGCAUACGAACGACGAUAGACGCGCGUUUAUAGCUCUCGAUCUCGGGCUGCAGAUAAUACCUACUGCCUAUACGUUGCGACAUGCGCGAGGAUACGGAAGGUCGGCGCUCAGGAAUUGGCUCUUCCAGAUGUCUGCGGACGGCAUGUCCUGGUCCACCCUGCUGGCGCACAGCGACGAGCAAGCGCUGCAGGAGCCGGGCAGCACGGCCACGUGGCGGCUGCGCGCCGACGCGCCCUACCGCUACUUGCGCGUGCAGCAGAACGGGAAGAACGCCUCGGGACAAUCGCACUACCUGUCCCUCUCCGGCCUCGAGAUAUACGGCAAGGUGGUGAGCGUGUGCGAGACGCCGCCGCGCCAGUGCGCGGGCAGCGCGGGCGGCGCGUGCGGCGGCGCGCGGUCGCGGCGCUGGUCGCGCGGCGCGCGCGGCCUGUGCGCCGGCGCCAAGGUGGCGCGCGGCCCCGACUGGAAGUGGCGAGACCAGGACGGCAGCCCGCCCGGGCUCGGCACCGUCACCUCCGACCUGCACAACGGCUGGGUGGACGUCAGGUGGGAGCACGGCGGGCGCAACUCGUACCGCAUGGGCGCCGAGGGCAAGUUCGACCUGAAGGUGGUGAGCGGCGGCGCGGCCGAGGGCGCGCGCGGCGGCCGCAAGUCGCACUCCACGCCCAGCCUGCCCGACGCCACCGCGCAGGACCAGGUGUCGGUGGCGUCCACCGAGCAAGCAUCCUCGGCAGACAACAUAUCGGGCGAAGAAAUGGCCAGUAAUAUGACACGACCACGUAUGCACACAGCCGAUCUGUCCGCCAUCAACAACUCUACUCAUCAUAUCAAUACAGUUGACGAUCGUGAAGACCUCUCGUUGGUAGAUCUGGCGACGAUCGUGGAGUCUCUAACGCUCGGCGCGGAGGGCAACAACUGCAUCGCUGAGCUCAGCGGCAACUCGUUCGCCAACAUGGAGAUGGGACCCACCAGCAUCACGGACAUCACCAAGCCUUAUCCGGCCAAGGAGCCGCUGCCGGAGGCGAAUUCGCAGGAGUGUGAAGACAACGAAAGUGGAGAGGGGCAAUACGACGAGCACAACAAAAACGACGGACAGGGCAGCGGCUCGGGCACGAUGAGCGCCAGCGAACCGGAUCUCACACAACAGGGCGCGGCGCGGCUGCUGGAGUCGCUGGGCGUGGGGCGCGGCGCGGGCGCCGGGCGCGGCGGCGGCGCGCAGCGGGCCGCGCGCACCAACCACUCCACCAGCUUGUUCCCCAGCUUGGUGCGACUUGCGUUGUCGAGCAACUUCCCUGGCGGGUUGCUCUCUGCAGCCCAGAGUUACCCGUCGCUUGCGCCCAAUGCGCAAAAUGCUCUCACUCUUUCCCUCACGUCUACAUCCAGCGAGAGCGAGCAGGUGUCCCUUGAAGACUUUCUAGAAUCGUGCCGCGCGCCCGCCCUCCUCGCCGAGCUGGAGGAUGACGACGACGGCGACGACGCGCUCGACAGCGACAAAGAGAACGAGCCCGCCUACCAGGAGGUGUCCCGCAACCUGCUGUCCCUGAUGGAAGAGGAAGCUUUGGAAGCUGUCCGGGGCGGACUGGGGCAGCGUGCGCGGCGUCCAUGGGACGACGAGUUCGUGCUGAAGCGGCAGUUCUCCGCGCUCAUACCCGCCUUCGACCCGCGCCCCGGCCGCACCAACCUCAACCAGACCGUCGAUCUCGAUAUACCCUUAAACGAGUCAUCCGACACGGAGGAGUCGUCGCCGGCGCGCAGCCCGCCCGCCUCGCCCGCUCCCGCUCCCGCCGCCGCCCCCGCCCCCGCCCCCGCGCCCGCCCCCGCGCCCGCCCCCUCGCCCGCCCGGCUGCCCGCGCUGCGCCUGGUGCUGAGCUCGGGCGCCGCGUCGCUGCCGCUGGAGCGGCCGUCGUGGACCGUGUACCGCGCGGUGGUGGCGCUCAACUCGCGCCUGCAGCACCAGGACUCGCACAGGGACACUACGUACACAUUAACAUAUAAAGAAGUGGAGGGAAUGGAAACGUUCGCCACGUCUAGCGACAGUGAAGACGAUGAACCGGGAGAUCCAGAGCGCGGCGUGGCGGGCGCGGAGGGCGCGGAGGGCGCGGCGGCGGCCGUGUGCGUGCGCGUGCUGCGCCGCCUGCGCGCCGCCGCGCCCGCGCUGCCGCCCGACGCCUUCCUGUCCACCAAGCUCACCAACAAGCUGCACCAGCAGCUGCAGGACCCGCUGGCCCUCGCCGCGCACGCUGCGCCCCACUGGUGCCAACAACUAAACGACUGGUGCCCAUUCCUGUUCCCGCUGGAGACGCGGCAGAUGUUCUUCGCGUGCACGGCGUUCGGCACCUCGCGCACCAUCGUGUGGCUGCAGGCGCAGCGCGACCGAGCGCUGGACCGCCAGAGGGCCGGGAACACAGUUUCGCCACGUCGCGCGGAGCUAGAAGCGACGGAGUUCCGCAUGGGCCGUCUGCGGCACGAACGCGUGCGCAUCCCCCGUCAGCCGAACCUGCUGCGAUCCGCUAUGCAGGUGAUGAAGGUGCACGCGGGCCGCAAGUCGGUGCUGGAGGUGGAGUUCGCGGGCGAGGAAGGCACCGGGCUGGGGCCCACGCUGGAGUUCUACGCGCUCGUGGCGGCCGAGCUGCAGCGCGCCGACCUCGCCAUGUGGCUGCACGACGCGCACGUGGCCCCCGCCCCGCCCGCGCCCCACCAGCCCUACCACCUGGACGAAAAGCCCCCGGGCUACUACGUGACGCCGGCCAACGGCCUGUUCCCGGCGCCGCUCCCUCAAGACUCUCCAAUCUGUGAUAAAGUUUGCAAAUAUUUCUGGUUCCUAGGAGUAUUUUUAGCUAAGGUUUUACAAGACGGGCGGCUGGUGGACCUGCCGCUCUCGGAGCCGUUCCUGCGCAUCAUGUGCGGCGAGGAACUGAAGAACGAGUAUCUGCAGGAAAUCGAUCCUAUUAGACACAGGUUCCUGCAAAACGUUCUUGCUGCGGCGGACCAAUACGACGCGCUGCAAUCCGACGCGUCGCUAUCCGCAGAGGAGCGCGCCGCGCGGGCGGCCGAGCUGACCGUCGAGGGAGCCACGUUCGAGCAGCUCGCGCUCAGCAUGACGCACGUCGCGUGCGGCGCCGCGCCCGGCGACCCCGCCGCCGUGCAGCCGCUCUGCGACGCCGGCGAGCACGUCGAGAUCGGCGCGCACAACGCCCGCGCGUACGCCGAGGCGAGCGCGCGCUGGAUGGUGUCGGGCGGCAUCCGGCGGCAGGCGGGCGCGUUCCGGCGCGGCUUCGCGGGCGUGUUCCCGCCGCGCCGCCUGCGCGCCUUCAGCCCCGCCGAGCUGCGCCUGCUGCUGUGCGGCGAGCGCGGCCCGGCGUGGACCAAGGAGCUGCUCCUACAGUACACGGAGCCGAAGCUGGGCUACACCCGCGACUCGCCCGGCUUCCUGCGCCUCGUGGACGUGCUGGUGGAGAUGACGUGGCGCGAGCGCAAGGCCUUCCUGCAGUUCGCCACCGGCUGCAGCAGCCUGCCGCCCGGGGUAGCCAACUUACACCCGCGCCUUACUGUCGUGAGGAAGGUGGACGCAGGCGACGGCUCGUACCCCUCGGUGAACACAUGCGUGCACUACCUGAAGCUGCCCGAGUACUCCUGCAAGGAGGUGCUGCGCGAGCGUCUGCUCGCCGCCACCAACGAGCGCGGCUUCCAUCUCAACUAGACGUCUCAUGGCGACCCGGCGAGUUCCUAAUGUCUGUAAGCCGUUACUAGAAAAUAAUUGUAUUACACCUUGUACUCUAAUAGGCAGGUCUCCACGGAACGAGUUGCCUCUCGAGUAAAUUAUAGUGCCUCGCACGCGCGGCUGCAAUGCCUCGGUCGACACAGAUCGAGCGGCUUCGCGCGGUAAAAUUCUCGCGAGGCGGAUCGUUUUCUGAGGCCUGGUGAGGAUUGGCGCUUCCACGACUCGCAACGCGUCAAAGCGACUGAAUGAUCUCAACUUAUGGUGUAAUGUUAUUUGGCUGCUUGCUACUGACAUAAAUGACUUGACUGUUAUGAUAAUUGGUAAAAUAAAUAUUCAGAUUUACUAUCAAUCGACAAUUGACUCGUAUGUUAACACCCACGAGCACGGAAUUGAACUAUAACGCAAUAUACGGCUGAGCCGCAAACAGCCAAUAGCGGAAGACGUGUGAUAAGAGUUAUUUUUGGCUAAAAUACUUCUCUACGCUACGCUGGUUUAUGUACGAUUUAGCAGUGUUUACGAGACAUUUAAAAUAUGUACUUAACGCCUUGUUACAAUGUAAUAAGAUGCAAAAAUGGUAACAUAUAACUUGAAUACCGACAGUUCACCAUGAUCUCAACCGAUAUGCAACAGAUGAGUACUAGGCCUAGUUUUCUAUAGUGUACUUACACAGCUCAGAAAGACUUGUUUUGGUAUGACAUUCGAUAAUGAUCGAUCAUUUUAAUAUAACCUGCGUCGUAACUUCACCAGCGUAUCGUAAGUAUCUAUGCGAAGAUUUGUGUCUAUUUGCGGCAUAUUAAAUUAGGUAUUUUUUAAUUUUUUGUUAGAUUUAAUAUGUACUUGUAAAGACAAAUUGGAGUUCUCUCACAAAAAUGCUUAGGUAGGUAGGUAUAUCCACGCUGCUUCGAAGCGUAAUCAAUAACCUUUUUUCACCAAUACUUUUUGUCGCUUUGUAAACGUGUAACGUAACAAUUCAUUUGUAUACUUGGGUCAGCGACAUCAAAGGAAGACGAUUUUUAUGUGUUACCUAAUAUAAACUGUUUGUAUAAUAUUUUAGACAGACCUACAACCUGUUAUAUAUGUAUAGUAGGAAAUACGUUAUAAGAAAUAUCUACCCUCAUCUGUUAUUUAUUUGUGAUAAGAAAUAAAUCGUAGAUAAUAUUCACAUUGACACAUUGCAAGGGGGUUGCCUAGUUAAAUUGCGUACAGACAGUUUUUUUCGAAUCGAAAUAUUAAAGCUUAUAGGGUACUGUAAUAGGUUGCUUUAUUACAAAAUUGUUCCAGUCCAUUGUAGAUAAAAAUUGGUUAAUCUAGGCGACUGGACCAACUUUUAAAUAAGGCAACCUAUUACAGUUAGAUUAUAUAUUAAGUAAGCUUUCAUUUGAUAUAAUAUACGGUUAAGUAACACAAAAUAAAUCAUGCCAUGUACGUAAUUUAACAAGGCAACCCACUUGCAAUGUAUCAAUGUGAAUAUUAUCUAUCAUUUAUUUCUUAUCACAAAUAAAUAACAAAUGAGGGUAGAUACUCCUUAUAACGUAUCUUAGACAAUUAUUGUCGUUUUAAAGUUGUAUUCAGAUUUACUGACAAUUUAGACAUCUCGUUUUUAGGGUUCCGUAGCCAAAUGGCAAAAAACGGAACCCUUAUAGAUUCUUCAUGUCCGUCUGUCUGUCCGAUUAUUUUAUAAAUGUAAAUGAGAACCAUUAUAUUUAUACCGUAACGUGGUGAUCUCAUUACAUUCACGCUCCAAACGUCAGUUAUACUAUGUUAUUCUGAAUACCACUUGAGUUUAUAAUCUGGGUUGGAGUAAUUGAUAUUAGUUACCGUGGGUAAUUAUAAAUAUAAAGUUCAACACUAUCGCUGGGUCGGGCUCUUUUCAAUGUAUUUACAUAGUGUCUUGAUUUGUGUUCUAAGUUUUUGCUGCUAUUAUCGUUGUAAGAUUUGAAAAAAAAAUAUAAAAUAAGAGAGGCUUCUGUUUUGUUAGUGAACGAGUACUUUUGACUAGAUCUCUGUGAUGUUUAUAUUCAUAUAGUUGAAAAUGACCAGGUUUGUAAUUUUUUGGGUGCCCUAAUCAUGGAAUCACUCGUAAUUGAAUAUUUUAUAGUCGAAAUUAGUAAAACAUAAAAGCACGAAGUAUGUGCUACUUGCAACCUUUAAAACGUAUGAUUCACUUGACAAAAAGAAUGUGAAAAAUUAUGUAUAACUUGUAUCACCAAUAGAAAAUUGAACUUUCGUUUGUUGCACAGCGCCAUCAGAUAUAUCGGAGCGGCUGAGCCGCUCAAAAUUAUCUGAGCACGCACUCUAACGCCUUCACAAUAGAGACGUGUUCAGAUAUUUGUGAGCACGUUGGCCGCUCCGAUAUAUCUCAUGGGGACGGUAUGAUAAUUGAUGAAGUACCCCUGCCUUUGCAGAACACCAUUUUGUCAAGUGAUAGUACUUAAAGCGGAGUUCAAUAGAAAUUGCAAGUAAUGUAAACAAUCCAAUUUACAAUAACAGUUUUGAACGAUUCACGGUUAGUUUCACUAGACUUAAAUUGACGGGGAUAUAAACCGUAAUUACCUUUUAUAUUGAUUUUAUGGAGCUCACCAUAUUUCGACGCACUUACAUGCAAGAUGCUUACGGGUAACUGGAGAUAGCGGGUUUGUAGACCGCGCUCGGUCUACCCUCAUACGCGCGCGUCGGCUGCGUUCGCUUUCAACGUUACCGCUGGCCGCGUCCACACUUGCACAAUAUAUCCCGGUCAAUUUAAGUCUAAUCCAAUUUACCUUCAUUACUUCGUAAUCUCGCAACCUUUUAGGAAAAGGAUCAUGAUCCUAUAAACAGUUUAAUUAUUUUCUUAUAUAAAUAUCAGUUCCUAGUUAAAUAUAUGGUAAUUAUUAAUAUUUCUGUGAAAAUAGCCUUCGCAAAGAUGUUGGGUUAUAUGUGAAAUGUUAACAAAAUCUGUCAUAUAUGUUUACAUUAUUUGCCAUUUCUAUUGAAUAGGUUUUAGCUAAUGUAUCUAAAUUUUAAAGUAUGCAUCGCGUUUGGUGCUUCCAUUAUAGUCGUAUGUAUAUCGAAUUCUGUACUAAAUAAUAUUUUAUCUAAUAACAAUAACCAUUGCUUCUGUUCAAUGUAUACUAAUAAUGAUUAGCUAAUUCACACGAAAAUGCACUUUGGAAAAUGUUAAAUGUGAAACCAAGAAAAAUUAUAUAAAUUCAGGGUGUAAAACACUUGUACUAAUACUAUUUUAGCUAUGUUCCUUAUCCUAAUAGUCAACUAAAAGUUGAUAUUGUGAUGUAUGAAAUAUUUUACGAAUUAAAAGAUAUUUAGUUUAUCAUAAUUAGGCGAUUAGAUUAAAAUUUAUUAACAUUGCAGCAACAUGUAGCGCUCGGAUCAUAUUUGUUGUUGAGGAUUGUGUCAAUAAAUUAAGCAACAAUU